UCAGGCUUGCCUAAGAUAUCGGCAAACUUGUAUAUAAGUUACCAUUCCCAAAAAUUGCAUUUUGUAAGAAAACUCUGCCCCUCUAAAAGUGGAUUCAGGCAGGGACUGCAAAAUGAAGUUUUUCUGCAUUAUUUUUGCGAUGAUUCUCAUCCUCUCUGAUCUGACCGGUCCAUCCCUUCAAAAGGUGAUAGAAGAACCAUGGGAACGAGUGCUAACAGAGCAUGAUGUCAGAGGCUUUUGUGACACUUCGAAUUUACCCAAUGUUGGUGGUGUUUGGCGGACACCAGUAGGUAAAUGCGAAUGGACAAAAAUUGGGAAGAAGAAGUAACAUUGUGCAAUUCGAACUAAUAAAGCAUUUGAUUGUGGCGAGAA